AUGGAAUUUUGUGAAAUGGCGAUUGAUAACAAUAACUAUAUUGGAGAAAGUUACUAUGGAGACUCCAAUUCAGAAGAAGAAACUCCCACUACCGCUGCUAAAUGUGAAUUUCAUAUUAAUCAACAGCCAGUUAUUGCAGUAAUUGAUAGUGGAGCUGCAAAUCAUAUUGCAUUUUCCGUGUUAAUAUACCAAUCACCUACAGAAGUUAAAAUGUCCAAAAAUUCACCUGUAAUAAGUUAUUCGCAUGAAGAACUUAUAAACCUAGAAGAUGCACUUGAUCUAAAUAGUAUAUCUGAAUCCAAAACUCCUGAUACUUCAAAACCUGAAGUAAAAAAUAAUCUCAAAAGCUUCGCUGAAAAUCUAGGUCUCAAAUUUGCAAAAAAAGAAGAUUUAAAGAAAUUUUAUGAUUUCGCUGGCCCUGACUUCAUUUGGCCAUCUAAAAUGAGUGAAAAUGAUCACCUUGAAAUUUUUGAAUUCAUUGUUGAUCCCGAAUGGGAAGAUAUUAGAAUAGAGAUCGCAAUAAAUGCUCUUACAUAUCAUCGUCUAGUUGAAUCUGGAGCUUUUAAAAAUAAGCCAAAAGGAUCAUAUGUGCUAAUUGUUCAUGGAGAAGUAUUAAAGUAUUAUGAAAAAGAUGUAUCAUCAGAAGACUACGAACAGCUUGAGAAAAAAUAUCCAGGGAAGUACUUUGCACCUAUCACUAGAAAGAUUGUUUUAUUGCGCAGAUUCUAA